ACAGUUGGCACUCCAUAAAAUUCUGAUCCUUCCUUCAUCUUCUCAGCUCAGGCAAGUUGGGAACGUAGGAGGUUCAGGUCGAUUUGCCAGUUUCCUCUACUCUCUUCAUCAUGCCUCUCAUGAUCGAUGGACAGCUUUAUCAUCCCAAGGAGAAUGUCAUGCAAUUGGUUGAAGAUUAUCCAAAAUUUAAGGAUGAAGCAGCAGCUUUCUGCACCAAACCAGUGCACCAUUGUGAAGCUAUAGAUCUUCUCUAUGUCAAUCAGAGGGAAUAUGCUGUGACUAUUCCAAGUGAUAAUAUUGUUAAGAUCCUUGGUUCUGAUGAUGCUACUACUUGUCACAUUAUUGUCCUGCGUCAUUCAGGGAGUGGAGCCACCGCUCUGGCCCACCUUGAUGGCCAUGGUAUAGAGGGAGGUAUCGCCAAUAUGCUUGCUUCAAUCUUAACACUCAGUACUGGAUGCAGCGAGGGCAGACUAGAAUUACACAUAUUUGGAGGCUUCUGUGAUAGCCGAGGAGAAUCAGUAGAGAUUUCAGCAAACGUUUUCAGUAUAUUUCACAAAUGUGUACAUGACAUUCACCUUGUUACAGCUUGCAUGUCAGAAUUAAAUGAUACAGUGAAGGAUGGGAUACAUUGGCCAAUACUCUAUGGUGUGGCUGUUAAUGUCAAUAGCGGGGAGAUCUUCCCAGCAUCCUUUGCUGACAAAGGUCCCGACAAACCACUUAGAAGCGUCUACACGCUGUUUGGUAACCAUCAUAUGCGUAAUGUUUAUGAUCACAGUAGUGGUCUUCAUAUGAUCAGUCCAUUCACCUACAGAGCUAUGCCUUACAUCAGUAACUGGCUGCUACAACCAGAUUCAUUUAUCCGUGAGCAUCUGUCGACAUCACCGGAGGUUGAGCCUCCAUACUUUGAGGAAGGUAUCCGUGAUGCCAUCCGAUGGGUCAUGAAUCACCCCCACCCUACCCUCACUGUCUUCCCUGGUAAUAAACCCAGGGUAUAUACCAAGAACCAACAUGGAUUAUGGGUAGAUUACUCCCAGGCCUCCGAUGAUCGGUCAUCAUCGAUGUCCACAUCGUCAUCCAUGUCAUCGUCUUGAUAGCAAUGGAAAUAGUCGACUGCCACAAACAUCUCAUAGAAUUAUGUAAACCUGUAAUAUGUCUGAUAAAAGGUGUAUUUAUUGAAAUAUGUAUAUUUAAUAACGUAUUUGAAUAUAAACCAAAGUUAUUUUAUUUUUAUGUGUUGGAUGUCAAUAGUUAUGUUCAUUAUUGGGUAGGUAGACACGAAUAUAAUCAAACAUGAGUUAACUUCAUCAUUUUGUCGCAAUAGAAUAUAAUUCAGUGGACAAAAUACUUUCAACAAUGAAUUAUGAUUUCAUUCUUGAAAAACGUUCAAUAACAAUGGACAUUGUUUGUUUGACUGUAUGAUAAUUCUAAGAAAAUGUAUUCAUGUUUACCCAUUUUGAAAGAACUGUUCUUUAGUUCUAAUGCAUGUUGAUGUUAAAUGCCAAAUAACCUGCAUGUGAAAAUAUAUUUAGGCUGAAACGUAAAUUGUGAAUUAUGUGAAAUAUAUACAUGUACGCUAUGUGACCAUUGCAACUUAUAUGUGCAGAGAGAAAAAGGUUCGACAGAAAAUAAUUAUAUAUGUACAUCGAAAUACGACAGUAUAUGACUAAGAAAAUUUAGUAAUAAUGGCUCAAUGUGUGUGGAAUAAUAGGUAAUAUGUGUGAGUAUAGUGUGUGAUAAUGAAGGAAGGAAAGAAAUAACUGCAUGUACUGUCAUUACCAAAAACAUCUGAUUGUUGUAACAAUAAUCUACAAAGUUGCCAAUCAGUGUUAUGAAUAUUAUUGUCGUGUUAGACUGUGUGAAACACAUGCUGGAGCUGUGAUGGAUGUUUGUAUAUCUUGCCUCAUCUCUUCAGAAUAACAAAGAAAGACAUUGUAUUGUAUAAUGGGAUAUGUGAUUUAUGUCUGUGUACGUUGUGAGACACAGUCAAACUGUGGAUAAGAUACAGUGAAAACACUAGAUGCUGCCUUCUUUAUGAUAAAUUUCAUGUAAUGUUUUAAGAUAUAACACAGGAGUAAGGACAGUCCUUCUUAAGGCACCGGAUGUACUCAUUACAAUGGGCUCGACAUCAGUAGGUGCCCAGGGUAACUGGGACCCCCAAAGUGGGUCCAAGUGCCCAACAUUUUAAACAUAGAGUUCAAUGUCUAAGGAGAUUUUGGCCAAUUACAGAAACAGUUGCUAUUGAAUGCAAGUAUGAAAAUCAUAUGAAAUAUAGCAACUCUUCAAUGAAGCAAGUUUGAUUUUUUUGGUUACAUUUGAUGCAACUCUUAUGCAAAGACCCCGACCCCUGACCGAUCUGUUUGUUAUUCCCUGGCUCAUAACAGUGUGUGUGUGUGUAUUUGAGUUUUUGUCAGACGUGUAUCAAUCAGAUAUGAUUAUUUACGUCUGGGACCGACCUUUAACGUCACCAUCCGAAAGACGUGACCAGGGUUCGAACCUCUGCAUCAAUUUGUAACUUCCCCACGUAGCUUGGAAUUUCAGGCGCACACCACAACGCCCAGUUGACUGAGUAACUUAGUCUUCAGGCACAGACCCUAAUUGAUACAAUCAACUAGUAGGUCUUGAAUAGAAGUUCCAAUUAGCUGUAAUUCAGCAGAGGUUUGGCAGGGUUAGGAACAUAAUUCAAUUCAGACCUGAUUGGCUAAAAGUUCUGACCACUUGUUUGACAAGAGGAUUUGCAGGCUAUAUACAGUGUUUCCCACAAAAAUGGAAACCCGUUUUCAGAACUAGAUUUCACAAUUAUCAAACAUGUUUUUACUGUAAAUUUGAUACGUAUGAUAAAGAGUGGAAGCUCGUCUUUAUUCUGAGACCAAUAGCUAAGCAAAUUGUUCAUGCAUGUUCUAUUAAAAACAAUAAUAUCGAGGCAUAUCAGAAAUUACUUGUGCAGAAACUCAUGUGAAGCAGCCCCACUCUCAUUUCAUGGAUCAGUGAGAGAAGCUUAUCAAAGAAUACAAAAGAAAUGCAAACGAGCUACUCGUCGAGAAAGCAUGGUCGUCAUAUCACGAACCAAUCUUGUUCAACUAUUCUGCGCAACCUGAUUUUGAAAUCAAAAUUUCAAACUCAUCUUACUCAUUAAUGCAUGAAGUGUUUGUCUCAUAUAAGGUAUCGAAAUAUAGAGUAAUAAUUGAAUUGCAUGAUGUCAAUCAUAGUUUAUUUGCCUUUGAAGAAAAAAAGACAUGGGAAUCCAGGAUUCCUUUUUUCUGGGACGCACUGUAUAGCUUUGCAUUGAUAACAUAAUCUAUGAAAUGUAAUAGAUAUAUUUUAUACCUAUGCUGCUGACAGGGAUGUUGUCUGGUCCAUUUCAAAGACAAAAGUUAUAGUUUUCUCUUUUUAAACACUGGUUUUGGUAGUAGAGAUCUUCCAAAUUUAGAAAUAUCUUUGCCAAUUUAUGAUGACCUGUAGAACAAUUGUACAAGUGACAAUACCUGUACAAGUAACAAUAUUUUACAGAAUGAUUUUUACAAUCAACAUCAGUUGUAAAGUCUAUGGGAAUCAUGUACUUAAGAAUUAUAUUUGAUUGUGUUGAUAGUAUCAGUUUAUGAAACAGGACUUAGAUCUUUCAGAUUUCUGCAACUUUUAAAUCUGUGUACAUUUUCUCUCAGGCCUAAAGUGAACCAUUUCUGAUUUCAUUACUUUCUUUCAGUGAUAUAUGUUAUUUUGAUAUGGCUACUUGAUUGAAAAGAAUAAUGUUUAUUCCACACUAACUAUGCUUAGUAUUAAUGAUUGCGCAAAUAAUUUACUCAGACAUUGAGUUUACUACCAAAUUUAUUUACUGGUGCUUUUAGUAGUUAACUUGCUUCACAUUUCUUGAAAACUCAUCUUCCUCUAUGCUGUACUGCCAUCAUAUAUGUAGAUGUCUUUUUUUUUCUUCACAAUUUUUUUCUUCAAUUUUUAUGUGGAUGAAAGUUAUUGUUCAUCUUAUGUCUUCAUUUGUUAAUUAUAUGAGAUACAUGUAUUUAAUUGUGUAAUCAUACAGAUGAUGAACUUGCAAAUUUUAGUAUAAUGAAAAUGAAAUUAUAGUUACUUCUUAUGACUGCCUUCCAUGCUUGCCUUCAUAAUUACAUAUAUUUUGCUUCUCUUAAUAGUUUAUUUUUUUACUCUUCAAAUGCAAAUAGAUCCAUUUUAUAGAAAAUUAAUAGUGUUAUUAAGUACUAUAAAAAAAUUUGCAUACCACAUAUGUUCAUCUAUGUAGAUGCCCGAUUAUUCUGUAUUUUUUUCUUCUAAACUACAUGAUGCAACUGGCGUCACUUAUUUGAAAGUUAAAGCCAUUAUACCAAGGGAUACUUUGAAGAGCACCAUCUCAUGACCCAGUCUACUCACCCAGGAUUCAACUUUUGAUUAUUUAGUCUUAUGAUGCAUACCUACCAAACAAAAUUAAUUAUUUUCUGUUACUUUUAACAACCUUAAUAACACAAUAUUUGCCAAAAAUUGUUUUCAGUAUGCUUUCGAGCAUUCCUUAGUUUUUAAUAAUGACAGAAUUAACAUCAUAAUUUCAACACCAAAAUUCACAAUAUAUUUCUUUUUGUUUUGUGAAAGGGUAUAUGUAUCAAGACUAUCCUAAUGCACAUGUUUUUAUGGUAAAGUUCUUGGGAGUUAGUUCCACUUGAAUUGAAAUAGAUCAUUGUUAAAAAUACUGUUAAGGUAUAACUUGAUCUUAAAACAGUCGCAUACUUCAUUUGAACUUUUUACUCCUUGGUAAUCAUGUACACUGUACUAAUCUUUGUCACACUCCAUGAACAUUUGGCUUCUUAAAAUAAACUUUGGAAGUGAAUUGAUUGACGAUUAUCAUCAGUAAUAUGAUGAAUGAUUUGAGUACACAAUGCAUUUGAAACUGGUUACUUCAAACCAUUGUUGGAUCUUCCAACUAUUUGUAGAUUUACCUACUUAUUUUUGCAAACUGCUUAUUUGUAGAUUUAAGGGGUGCAUGUAAGUUUCCAAGAUGAUGGACCAAACCUCUCAAAAUUAAUGUGGGAUGUUUCGUAAAAGGUUGGUUUACGUGAUGAUACAGCUCACUGUGAUAACCAAAUUGUUUUAAAUACAUGCAAGUAAAGGGUCCCUUGUAACUUACUCGGAAAUUAUGCAACAAGAAAUUUUUCUAAAUUGUUAUUUUAUUUGAAGGUAAAGAAGCUAUUUCGCUCUUGGGUGAAAAUACUUAUUAUGUUUUUUUUUUUAUUUGAUAAGAGAAACAAAUCUUUGUUUUGCAAAUAUAAAUCUAGACAAACAUUUGACAGAUAAAAAGGUAAUGGAUUUUUAUUAGUUGAAUGAGAGUUUUGUCUUUCAGCGUUGAUAUUUGAAUGAAUAAAAGUAUGAAUAGCUAUUGCAUAUUAUC